AGGGCCUAAGUUGAUAUGAAGUGGCAGCUCACGCUAACGAGCAAACUUCCCACAACUCCAAUGAACUCCACAGAGCCGUUCGGGGACAAGGAAUGAAUCGUUAAUAUUCACGAGCGCCAAGAGACCAUUAAGGAAACUCCAAGAUGAGCUUUUUUAAUUCUUUAUCGGAGUAUGUUUCCAACAGCGUAGCUGGGCUGUCACUGAGUCCAAAACGGUUUUCUUUGUCUCGAAGCGACACUCCAGAGACCCCAGUAGUGACAGUGGUGGGCAGCGGGGGCCCAGGCGGUGCCUCGGGGUCCGGUUCGCGCAGCAACUCUGGAGACAGCAACUGCACGCCUGGAUUCCCAAAGGUGCUUCCGGCACCAGGUGCCGCAGCGCUGGCCACACGGCGUCGCAGCACCAUGGAAUGCCUUGGAGCCCCUGCGCCUCCUCCCAUGCGUCGUCAUUCCUUCAGGAAAGCUUCACCAGCUGGAGGGCCAAGAACGUCGCUUGGCAGCUCUAUCCAAGCGCAGAAGAGUCAGAAUUUCUGCUGUAGGAGGCUCAGCUGGCCGGAGAUAGAUCAUCAAGUUAGAUCCGGCGUCCAAGAGAUCGACGGCGGCUACUUCGAGAGCUUCACGGCAUUAGCAUGGAAACAAGAGAACCAGAGGCAGGAUGUAAUGAAGCAGGCAGAGCAAUAUGCCGCUGAACCCCCUCCUCCUGAGAGCGAGUUGGGGAUUACUCCAAUAGACUACUCUCAGCCGCAAAGUGAGAAAGACAAACUUUAUGUGGAGAUGCUUUACACAAUCGCGAAUGCGGUAGGAGCACCAGCUCCUGGAGGUCAAUACGCUCAUUACAAAGAAGAUCUGUACCUGUAUGGACAGAGAGCAUUCGGUAUCCCAGGUGACAGACACUAUCGGAUGAUGCAUACUGCCGGUGAAGAGCAACCCCCUAUUGUAGUACUGAGCGUCAUUGUGAUUGAAGCAGAAGGCUUAGAAGCCAAAGAUGCAAAUGGUUUCAGUGAUCCAUACUGCAUGCUGGGCAUCCAACCAACAAUGGCGGCUCCAACCUCCCCACAGCCUGGCACGCCUAGUCGCACACUAUCAGAUGCCUGCUGCCCAACCACUGGCGGAGGUGGAACAGGAACGGAACGUGGCACAACGGGAGGAGGAACAACACAAUCUGAACUAGGGAGCAGUGGUAACCACGACAAGUUACGGAAACACCACAGUUUUAAGCUGAGUUUCAAACGCAAGGAGGGAAGGAUACGAGAGCAAAGAGACAGCUUGGGUGGAGGACAGCUACCAGCAAAAUUCAUCAGAGCUACUUCUGUUAAGUCGCAUACACUCAAUCCGAAGUGGAAUGAAAAGUUUAGAUUCGAUAUUGACGAUAUCAACAGCGACUCGCUCCAUCUUGAUAUCUGGGACCAUGACGACGAAAGCUCUGUUUUGGAGGCUGUCAGCAAGUUGAACGAAGUUCGGGGCGUUAGAGGACUAGGAAGAUUUUUCAAACAAGUUUGUCAAUCGGCUAGACAGAGUUCUCAAGAUGAUUUUUUAGGAUGCGUCACAAUUCCUCUACAAGAUAUUCCAUCAACGGGCUUGGAGGGUUGGUUCAAAUUGGAAGCUCGAUCACAGAGAAGUUCUGUACAGGGCCGAAUCCGAUUGAAAAUGUGGCUAUCUACAAGAGAGAAUCGAGGAGCUACUGACGAUGAUAACUGGACUGAACUGACACAACAUGAAAAUCUGUAUGCAGCAUUUAUUGACCAUGAGCUAAAAAACUGGGGUCGUGAGUCCUGGACGUGGGGUGGUGACCUUCCAGGACCGGCAUUGACUAUUCUUCAUCAACAUGCUGUACAAGGUGAUCUGAGUGAUCUCCAAGCUGCAUUAGCUCGAUUCGUAGCUGCUUCAAGAGUAUAUCUAAAACGUCCCUUAGACCCGCGAUGGAUGCUUCAACUGCUCACGGAUAUAGAAACCGCCUGGAUGACAUAUACACUUACCAGGGAGGAAGAAAUGUGGUUGGCCGAGAAGUUUACUGCAAUGCAAGAAAGGUGGCUUCAACAGCUCCGUCAUCAUAGGCAGUUGUUCCCUGCUUUACAUCCUCCAUCUUUAGUACGUUUAGAAUAUAUUUUAAGAUGCCUAGCGUACAUGUCAAACAUGAAAGCCUUCUGGAAAUGUUGCCCAUUUAACAAAGAAAUUCGAGGCGACAUCGUAGCAACUCUCCGUAGAGGUACUCCUGAAUGGUUUAGCUCACUGAAAGCUAGCGUAAUGCCUAUGCAAGGAGAAUACGAUGCCUCUUUCGUAGACUUUUGCUCUGAGGUCUACGUCCAGCUCAAACAUUCUCUUAGCCACUAUCAUCCUCUUUUUGAAGGGACCAAUGGAAUACCAUACUUCAGUGUUGUAUUCAAACAAAUUGAUAAGUUGAUGUCAGAUGAAGUGAUAGCUUUCCUCAACCAAAACGAAUACCCAGAUCCAUCCUACGAUAGACUUAUCUUCUCAGUUUACCUGGAAGUUAAAGACCUAGCAACGUUCAGUCAUAAUCUUCCUGUCGGAGGAGACCAUAGGUUACUUCUACCUAAAUGCCAUGAAUGGUUUGAACCUUCUGUUAGCUGUUGGUUGAGUGUGUGCAAAGGCAAAGCGCUGCAAAGGGUACGCACUGGAGUUGAGCUUCAGAAGCCCUGCACCGGAGACGAUCGUAUGGUGAAGCACUCCUCAUCAGCAGUAGACACUGUCGCCAUCUUCUGUCAACUGAGGGACUUCUGGAGGCUACUUCAAUGGCCUAAAGCUCAUUCGGUUCCUCUACUUGGUCAGCUUUUGGAUUGCGUUUGCUCUGCAGCAUUACUGUAUGCCGACAUCACCUAUCAAGGGCUGAUGGAGACAGGUUACUUUGAUAGGCUUGGUCCCUUUAAAUUGUGCGAUGAAAUGUGUAUUGCAGCCAAUAAUUUGGAAUAUGUUUACAAGUUUGUUUCCUUACUUGAAAACUACUUCGACUUUGUAACACUAGAAACGAUAGCCUCAGAGCAGCAUUUCGCUGCACUAACAGCUCAACUAGACAGUACCUUAAGCCAAUUUCAAGUGCGAGUUAUGGACAUAUUGAAACGAGUUGGACCUCAGAUGCAAGAAGCCUUGAGAAAAGCUAUGUUCCACGUGGCUUGGUCACCAGACACUCUACCCACACCAAGGGCUGUUGAACCUCUAUUCGAUUACCUCCACCACCAUUUGUGUCAAUUGAAUGCAGCCUUGUUGCCACAAAACUUCCAGAAGGUACUUUUAGAGGUUUGGGAAUAUACAUUGGCAGAACUGAAUUAUCAAAUGGACGGCACUACGAGCAGUGAAGAAAUGCCUGCAAUGUUCCAUGAAAGACUCCAUGCGGCUCUUGAAUUGAUGGUGGAAUUUUUUCAUGCUGAGGGUCAAGGUCUUUCAACGGAAAUGAUGCAGUCGGGAGGAUACUUCCAAAUAGAGCAAAGACUUCAGUAUCACAGAACGGAUACAGAGAUGCUGAUAGAAAUGUUCUAUGCACAAAGAUUAUUAGAACAACUUAACACAACUUCUGGGCCUUAUGGCAGCCUAGCAGUUCGAGCCUACUUCAAUCAUGAUUCCUUAUGUGUUGAGGUUCUUCAUGCACGAGAUAUAAUUCCACUGGAUCCGAAUGGAUUUAGUGAUCCGUUUGUGAUCAUUGAGCUACUGCCUCACCGAAUAUUCCCACACUGCAACGAACAGCAAACCAAUGUACACAAGAAGACCCUUCAUCCGAUUUUUGACGAGUGUUUUGAAUUCAGUGUCACUCUCGAGCAGUGUAGGGCUGAUGGAGCUAUGAUUUGUUUCACGGUAAUGGAUCACGAUGUUCUAACAGCUAAUGACUUUGCUGGAGAAGCGUUUUUGGCACUUGGAACGAUACCGGGUGUAGCAGACGUAGGGGCAUGUAUCGACAAUUUUCAUGGACUGAAACCUGUAGAGUUGGUCCUGAUGCAACAGCACAAGAAAAAUCAUCCAAUUCUACAAAUCCUAGAAUCAAGAAGUGGCGAUCGUCAAGCCACUGAAUUUGUGAAGAAGCAGAAGCAGCGAUUCGCAAAUAAGUAAAUUAACAAAUCGGAUAAGACCUCAAAUCACAAAAUGUACAUAGCAUUAUAUCCAUCUCAUCCGAACUAUUUUCUUUACUUAUAUCAAGAUCUAAAGGAGGUAUUCAACCUUUAAUAUGGUAUGGAAUACUAAUAAAAUACCGAUACUUGAAGAUAGCUUACCCCUGGGCGUCCCUUUGCUUCAAAUGUGUGGUAUUAGAAAACUAUAAUCAUAUAGCUCAUAUAUUUCUGGUGGAUCUAUUCAAAGUACUAAUAUCUAAUCAACCAAUCAGUAGGGGCAGUGAAUGAGUUAUGGGAAAGGUCACCGAACAGUUUCAUCAAAUUUGCACAAAGUAUGAAACCCAAUACGCCAAACUUUAGCACCCGAUCAAUUAUUCUGACCUCUAAGCCCCUCGGAAUUGAGAUACUAUAAAUCAUUUCAUUCACAUGUCAUUAAAUCCCAUUUGUGAGACAAUGAUAUCAACUAUAUAUGGUUUCAUUAAUUCUUCGUUAAAGGUACUAGGUGGAAACAUCAUUAAAAUUUGAAGAGGACAAACCCAUUGGUUUCCAAAAUACAAAACGCUUUUUAGAUGUCUACGAUUUAAUUUCAUCCUGUCCGGCACAACAAAAAUAUCAAUGUUCAUUAUGAAAAAAAUGAAUGACUGAAAAAUAUACCUAUAUAUUAUAUACAUGUAACUAUGUAGUCUAAGAAAUAGUUUUCUUACAAUGCUUUUUAAUCACUAACAUUGUAAUAUCAAUGUGAAACGCAAGCUUGCUUGUCAGAUUUAUCAUUCACAUCACGAUAAUUUUAUAAGUAUUUCACUGGUCUUGAUUUGUCCAUCAAAUGCAAAUACAAUGCCGAUUUUUUAAUACCCGACAUGUCACUAUGAUAUGUUGAUAUCUCAAAAAAAUACAUUUCGGGCAUUGAAAAAGCGAUUUAUGGAGAAGUAAAACUGAGUAGGGUUUUUACUCUCUACUUUCGCAUUUUUAUAGGUUCUUUUUAAUCCUGUGGAGCAUAAACUGGUCACCCAAGCAUAUUCACAAUGUAAUUGUUGCUCUUGUGGAGCAAGAAGUCACUUACAGACCAUAACAUUGCCAAGCAUAUUCAGAAGAGAAAUCUUGAAAACCAAAUCUAACUUUUAAUUUUUAUAAACUCUGUUCAAAAACAUUGUGGAUGUGAGAUUAAUAGAAAUGAUUUUACGAACCAUCCACAUUGCUAUUAACUAUAUUGAACUGCAUAAAGCGCACAUUUUCCUUAUAAAUCUGACAAGUUCUAGAUACCUAUCGACAAUCCUAAACGCAACGUUUAAUCAAUUAUCUAUCUUCAUAUCAUAACCUUAGUUUUGUGUGAAAUGUAAUGUAAUCCAAAGGGAUAUGUAUAUACACCAAUUUGACACUAUCAUACGUUUGAGAAUUCGAGGUAUAUCUGAUGUAUAUUUUGGUAUUUUGUAUCCAUGUAACCUACAAAUGCAAAACGGAUUGACACAUAGAAUAUCGACAAAACUACGUAAGAAUAUUCAACAAAUUCGCAAAGUGCAAAAUAAUCUUACCACAUAUCUUCAAUUGGAGGGAUGGGUGAAUGGAUAACUAAAAUUCCCGCUACCAUUGAUUCAUGUGCUUCUCUGACGGAUCCUUUUCAAAGGAAACAGGAUGCAGUGGGUCGGCGGUAUACCUGAAAGGCAAAGACGUGCAGAAAAAAUUCGCGCUUUUUGCCAUCUUAAUGGUCAGUCAAGCAGCUCUUAAACCAGUGGCAUCUCCGAGAACAAGCUCACCCUCAGUUCAAGAUUGCACUACUGCUAAGCUUAGCCCAAUCCAAAUAAUUGACCCUGCUUUGUAUCCCCGGCCAGAGUGGAGUGCCGGGUAAAGAAAAAGCUGAUUUAUCUGUCUAGGCUGGGCAUAACCAGGCGCCAGGUCAACACCGUCCUGAAUUAAUAGACGUAUAGGGUCCUGGGAAAAGCGUGGUGCGAGACUGCAUUCAAGUCAAGAAGUUUGAGGUGGUCCCGACAAACGUCGGACGUGCUGGCUACUUGACAGAAGUAGAGACUCGUCCAAUCUUCUGAUGGGGGUUCUCACCGGCCACUCUAGACUGAAUAGUCACUUAGCAGAGUGUUGGUACAUUCGGGCUCCACAAGAAGGGAAAAAAUGACGUACUUGACAGGCUUCAUCUCCUCAAUACCACUGCUACUACUAUUACCAUCUUUAGUUAAAUGCUCGACCCAGCCUCAUGUGUCAGUAUAAAGUAAUACCUAAAACGUAUAUUUAUAUUCAUGAUUCCUGUGCAUAUGACAACAGCAAUCUCAACUUUGGACACUGACGCAUCUUGAUACCUCCUUUGACUUCAUGUAUAGCUAGAUACCAGAAUGUAAGAGUAGCGUAAUCUGCGUACAUAGACACAGUGGUAAACGGUGGGUCAUGCUGCUCUUUUGUACCUGGCUAUAAAAGUGAAAAUUUCUGGGAGAAUUAUGUGGUAGGCUUAUCUUAAGCUUCGGUAUUGUAUCAUUUUAAUGAUAUUUAUUCAGUUUAGGCUGCCAGUCCAGUGAGGAGUCACAUGAAAAUAUGACGUAAUAUGUUAGUAUGCUAUCAAAAUGACUAACAGCACUCUAAAACAUGAAAAAUAACGACCAUUAAAUUCGUUUUGCAUUCGGAACAAAUUAAGAAUUUAAUGAGAUGUUUACAAUAGGUAUCUGCAAAUGAGGUAGCCAUACCUAUACAUAUACUAAAGGAAUUUGUUUCGGCCGAUUCGCUCUUCAGGUAAAUAAAUAUAGUCUGCUCGAAAAAUUCCAUCUAAGUUCGAAAUGAAGGUUUCUGUACUUUACUACUCAAAAAUAACCAGACAUCUUCGAGGAAGAUAUAUGUACUAAAAUAAGAUUUACGAGUUUUUUAAAUGAGAAAUUUCGCACCUCAAACGUGAAGAGAAAAUGGCCGAAACAAAAACAGAUCUUUUAGUUAAAUAACCUCACAUACUAAAUGGAUAGUAAAUGAAACGAUGCUUAAAAAAUCUUAUUUUCAGUACAUAGAUAUGUACCAUUUAAUGCGUAAAAUCCUAAGAACACUACGUUGAAAAAUCAUGUUACUGAUUUCUUCUCCAUCCAGUUAUUGCUAAGCGACUAAAUAGAUACACAGUCCCUAACAGAGCAAUCGUAUUUGAUAUUUAAAAACUUUUACAUCAAAUUAAUACUGAAAUCCUAACGAAUUAAUUCCGUUAGCGGCUUAACUGUUUGAUAUAUUGAAGAAAAUAAAACUAAUAAAGAUGCAUAUUUCUUGGAGAUUCAGAAAUAUACAGCGUUAUCUUCGGUAAAAGUAGUAACUUGUGCAUUGAGUUGGGAUUCUCAGAAAAACUACUACAUUUAAUGCAAAAGUGAAAAGUGAUGUGAUAAGUUUACAGUUUUCACAGUUAACUGUAUUUUUGUGUUUUACAACACUUAAUUCCGCAACUCAUGACUUCUUAAAAAUAUUUACAUGUGCGUAUUUCAUAUAUCUGAUUAUAUGCUAUGAAAUUAAGGAUGUUAGGAUUAUAAAUCAAAUGAAAAGUACUCAAAAAUCAGACACUGCUUAUGAAAAUCAAAGAGUAUAAGACAUGUUCACAUUAAAAUGGUACAAAUAAGUUACAAAAUACAAUCAAUAAAUACGUCGCGUAUCUAUACAGUUAUAAUAGACAGUUCUCAACAGUGAAACCGAACAUAAUCAGCUUAUUCUAAAGAGAGUAAUUCUAAUCCAGAUAGAAAUAAAUAAUACAACAAGAAAGUAUGGAAGUUAGGAGACCGUGUAUCACCCAAAUUUACCUUUACGUACUAAAUAAUAUAGUAUUUAUUUACGCACAUUCAACAAUAAAAAUAUUAAUUCUUUAGAUAUAUAUUUUAUAAUUGUGUUAAUUUUAUAUACAGAAGUUUAUAAACACCUAAAAAUAUAAUUAUAUACAUAUCUUGUAAACUAUCAACAAAUACCUCGGUCUGCCAUCAGUAGGAAGUCAAUAAAUUGUUUUUAAAAUGACUAAAUCAACCAAAUUUGUCUGAAUGAUCGUUAAGUAAAGCCACUAGAUGUUAGCUCUCGAACAUUUUUGGAGAUGUGACGAUACAUUGGACGCUUGUGUGUCUAGGAUCAAAAUUAAAGCAAGUGAGCCCGACAACAACUAUACAAAAUUCAUUUUCAACGUGCAACCAGCCAAAAUAAACUUCAUCAUGCUAGUCUAUAGAUGCAGUGCGCUGAUUGGACGAUUAGAAAGGACCGUAACAAGACGCUCCUGGUAAUAAAAAGGACAGGUCUGGAUCAGCUCAGCGCAAACAGACCACCUAUAGUCCCAUACAAAAAUGCACAACAUUUAUCGUCUUUCACAGAUAAAUAUUACGUGUAACCAUUGAUUAACGUUUUUACCAAUUGGUAAACAGUGAAUACGGUUCUGGUCAGUCUGGCCCAGCACCUCAUGCCUGAUAUUAUUAGAUGCGUAUUAUUAUAUUUCUUACAUUUAUCGCACCUCGAAAUCGAAUUUGAUAUAUUGUUACCCACAAACAUCAAUGAGGUAAGUUGUGUGGUUUGAUAUCUCUUGGCGGAAUUCACAAAAAAUUAGUUGAUUGUGCACUGGUGAAUAUCAGGCAAUGAAUAGCCUUCUCUCAAAUUCCGCAAUUUACAAAUGAUUCAUUGAUAACAAAAACAGUCGAGUUUCUGAUUUUGUGGAUCGAAAAGUACGAAUAUUCACUAAAUCAGCUAGCUGCAGUGGGUUUGCUCAUAUGUUUAUGAAAUUAUUCUUGGCAUUGUUUGACAUUUCUCUAUGUAAACAAGUGGCAGACCGCGUAUUUGGCUAUUUUCGGAAUAUGAACAAUCACUGAAUGUCAAUAUACGCUUAUUAUAGGAUUUAUAUAUUUACACACUGUGUAUGUUUUUGUUACAUCCCAGCUUUUUGAGUGUGACAGAAUUAUUACUAUGGAAGCGGACGUGAGAUGUAACUUUGUCUUGGAGACCAUAUCUUGAAAUUUAGGCUUGUUUCAUUAUUUAGAUGAAACUGACUUAUUGUUGCAGUUGAUGUAUUAGUAACAAGUAGCAAAGAAAGGAAACAUCUUACAGACCUGGUUUCUCCAGACCAGAGUGGUAUCACAAAACCCAACGGUUUUCGUCGGCCAAAAUACAUAUACCUAAAAAGCGAGCCUAAAAACUACGUGAAGCUUUGCAUUUUUUUUCUGUUUCUGACUUUCCUAUCGAGCUUACUGUAAACUGUAUGUCAAUUGAAUCAAAAUAUUGUAUGUAUUCUAUGUUACGAUUACAAAACAUUAUAUACCCAGUCUUUGUCUACCGAACAAUAAAAAUUAAUAAGUCGUGU